CAUUUCCAAAGGAUGUCACCAUAAACAUCAUGGACUUUUACAGCUACUGUAACCUUGUAACUGUAGGCUAGCCCCAAACCAUGGAAACGACCAUGGUGUACCAGUAUGCCAAACGUACCCUUCAGGGAUAACACACUCGCUUAGUUGCAAAUGGCUAGCCAAGACAGCAGCCCAGUGGACAGCCAGAUGGUAGAGGGUCCAUGGGGAGGCGCUGGUUUAGCCGCAUCCGAGGAAAGCAUUAAGCUUAUCCCGAAGAUUCGGCCGUCUACAACGCCAGGCCUACCGGACUACGUGCAGUAUGUGGGGCAUAAAGGCCUCGCGCUAUCGGCGCCAGGGGCUGAAAACGCCCGUUGGGAUUUCGACUUUGUGGCUUCACCACACACCCGGCAAAGCAGCUUCUUCAGAGUCGCGGGCCGGCCCAUGGCGGACCACUUCCUCGCGUUUUACAACGCAGCCAUCAUCGCCUACGGACAGACCGGAAGCGGCAAGACCCACACCAUGCUGGGUACCGUGCCCUCGGGCCGAGCGGCGCCCGGCUCGUCAUCCGGCUACGAGCGCUGCGAGAUGCCCCGGGAGGCGGGCCUCAUUCCUCGUGUGCUCGACUACAUAUUCCAACGUAUCGCAGCCGAGGGGCAGUGCCUGCCAACAGCCGGCAGCAGCAACAGCAACAGCAACCCCCAGACCUCCAGACCUGCAACCGCCCCAGACCUCGCCCAGCCCAACCAGCCCUCCCAACCCCAACCUCCCAGCCAGCCAGGGCAGCAGCAGCCCCCCCCGCCCCCCGCCUCCAGCACAACAUGCAAGACCCCGCCUCCUCCUCCCGAGGGCAGCCGCCCCCGCUGGCGCAGCGGCAUCCCCACCCCCGCCGGUGUGCCACGACCUAGCUCCGACCCCUCUCCCUACAAGCCGCAGGAGGCGGCAUCCUCGCCCACUCAGCCAGGACCCCCUGCUGUUGCUGCAGCUCCCGCUGAGCUGCAGGCCCCUGCCGGCAUGCUGCCCCCUGCCGAGCGGCCGCCCGGGUCCGCAGUCCGCACGCCUGGCGGGGGUGCAGGGGGCGCUGCAGCCGACCCCACUCCCACUCAGUUCCUGGUGAAGGCCAGCAUGUUGCAGAUCUACCAGGAGGUGGUGACGGACCUGCUGUCGCCCAGGCCUAUUCGGCUGCAGCUGCGAGAGAGCAUGCAGGGUGGCGUGACUGUGGUGGGCCUGACGGAGGUGACCGUGCGGUCGGCUACCGAGGCCCUCAAGCUGCUCCGAGUGGGCACCUCGCACCGCGCAGUGGCGGAGACCGCCUCCAACCCCGUGUCCAGCCGCUCGCACUGCAUCCUCACGCUGCACAUGGAGGCCAAGGACACGAAGGACACCGGGGUGGUGCGCAUCCGGAGGUCGCGGCUGCAGCUGGUGGAUCUGGCGGGAAGCGAGCGCACCGCCAAGGGACUGGGCGGCGAGACAGCGAGCGCGCGUCAGAAGGAGGCCAACGCGAUCAACAAGUCGCUGAGCACGCUGUGCCUCGUCAUCUCCCGCCUCUCCAGCCGGAGCCAGGGUCCGGUGCCGUACCGCGACUCCAAGCUGACGUACAUCCUGCAGGACUGUCUGGGCGGUAACGCCAAGACGCUCAUCAUCGCCAACCUGAACCCCUCCCCCACCUGCGCCUCCGAAACCAACAUGACACUGGGCUUUGCGAUUCGAGCCAAACGGGUUCGCAACAGGGCCGUUGUGAAUGAGGACCACCAAGGGGACGCCAUCGUGCUGCAGGGGGAGGUGCGGAGGCUGAGGGAGGAGCUAUCCAUAUUCAGAACACUGCAUGCGGAGGACGGCGCCGUGCCUCGCAACAUUGAACAGCUGUCCGCGUGGCGGGACCAGGCGGCCGCACGCGCCUCGGAGCUGCGUCACGCGUUGGAGCUGAACGGGGAAUUGGAGGAGCGGCUGGCGGCGGUGGAGGCGGCGCAUGCGAGACUGAGAGGAGAGCAUGCCGCCCUCGAGGAGCAGUGCGAGCAGCAGCGGUGCGAGAUGUCGGCCCUGGAAGCCACCGUGGAGCAGUGCGAGGCGGAGCUGCUGGAGCUCAGGUCCCGACCCACCCUGGAGCAGUACAAGGCACUCGAGGAGCAGCUGCAGACCGUCACUCGGGAGCGAUCUGACGCGCAGCAGCAGCACCUUGAGACUGCCCAUCAGCUGGCGGCACUGCAGGCAGAGCACGAGGAGCUCCUCUGCUCCCUUAACUCCCUUCCCGACCUUGCUUCUCACCUUGCUUCGCAUCACCACCAACAGCAGCAGCAGAAGGAGGAGGAGCAGAGCCGCCGCGGCAGCUGCAGCCGGAUGAAGAGUCCCCCGGCAGUGUCGCAAUCCCAAGCAGUCUCCAAGCAGUCUCCCAGCAGCGGUCCAUCAUCCCAAAUCUCUAUCAUCUCCGCGGCGUCACGUGGGGUUCGUCGCGGCCUGGAGCCCGCACGUGUUCGCGAGCUGCACGAGGCCGCAGUGGGGCUGCAGGAGAGGCUGCGGGAGCAGUCGGAGGACCUGUUGGCGGAGCUGGAGGAGCAGGGGGAGCUGAGGAGGGCGGCGGAGCUGGCGUUCCAAGAGGCGCAGAACGCGCUGCUCUUGGAGACCCGGCAGCGGUCGGCUGCUGCUGCUGGUACUGCGGCGGCAGCGGUGGUGGUUGCUGCGUCGUCUGCGGGUGGAGGUGACGUGGCAGUCCGCGAGGAGCCGUUGUGCGGUGGGGGGCGGCGGGGUGAUACCGCCGCAGCUGCGGUGGCGUCUUGCUCAUCCGCCUCGGCUGGUUCUCGGAUGCGGCAAAGCGUCGAGAGCAUCAGCAGAGGGGAAGCAGCCGGUGGUAGUGAUGAUGGGCUAGCUGCUGGGAUGCCCCAGGAGGAGGUGGAGGAGGAAGAGCAGGAGGAGGCGGGAGGUGGAGGGCACGAAGAGGCCCUCGCGGAGCUGUGGGGGGACCGGACGAGCGCCGCAGGCGACCUGAGGGAUCCGGCGACGGAAGAGGAGGAAGAGGAAGGGGAAGAGGAGGAGCCGCGGACAGCACCCGGGUCCCCGGGCAGUGAGGCCAUGCGAGUGAUCCCGGGGACGCCCUCCACGUUUGGCGACUCGAGUGUGUUGAGUCCUGGCGCCAGCGGCGGUUGCGGCGGGGAUGGGCUGUUUUCGGGCGGCUGCGGUGGCUGCUGCUAUUACAAUGCCUCCAAGACUGGCUCGCCGGUUCACUUAUCUCAGCCGUGCUGGCAAGAGGCGGAGGAUGAGGAUGAGGUGGAUGUGGAGGAAGAAGAAAUGCUACAGGGCGGAGCGGCAACGGAGGA